AUGGCGUCUGCAUUCGGCUCAGCAUGGCGUUCUUUCUGGCAUACCAUGACCUCCUACGACCGCCAUGCGUCCCAUGAUUCACCUUACCGAACCGGCAGACACGUUCCGCUGAGCCAAAGUCGCCAUGAGCCACUUACGUCUGUUGCAACCAGUGCUGCCGAAUCCCGACCGGAUUUAACGAACCCCUACGAUGAUGAACAGCCCUCAGGCGCAACCCAUUCGGAUGGAUGGUCUGCAUCGCCAACUGGGAUUGGCUCCCCAACUCGGCCCUAUUCCCCAGGGAUGAGAUCGCUCUCCUCGCAGCAGAGACGGUCAAACGAUCGUGCCUCGGGUGCCGAUGGCGAGAUUCAAAUGCAAAGUUUCCAUGAUGGCGCUCCCCCUCCUCCUCCGGUAUCCCACUCUUGGAAGAAAAUUGACCAAUGGCUGGAGAACAAUUACCAAGAGUUAUACGACAAUCUCGGCGAAGGUUGCACCCAGAAUGACAUCAAUGAACUUGAACAUGAGUUGGACUGUAGUCUGCCGCUCGAAGUGCGUGAGUCCUUAAUGACACAUGAUGGCCAAGAAUGUGGCGGGUUGCCAACAGGAGUCAUCUUCGGUUGCAUGCUACUUGACUGCGAAGAGAUCGUCAAGGAAUCUAUGACCUGGAAGGUCGUCAACGAAGAGUAUUUGAACGCGGCAACGGUCAUCCACCAACCAGUGAAAUCAUCGGCGGCUAGCUCCUCGUCAGCCGUGGCAUCUUCUCAGCAGGGGUCUGGUUCCUCCUGGCGCCAGGAUCUGCUCGACCGACAAGACUCGCAGCCUCCUGGCGCAGUUCAGAAAACAUACGCACACCCAGCCUGGAUCCCUCUUGCUCGUGACUGGGGCGGCAACAAUAUCGCUAUAGACUUGGCCCCCGGGCCUACAGGGAAGUGGGGUCAAGUUAUCAUUUUCGGUCGAGAUUACGACUGUAAAUAUGUCGUUGCCCGGUCUUGGGCCGCAUUCCUAGCAACCCUCGCGGAUGAUAUCUGCAGCGGAAAGGCUAUUGUGGAUGAAGAGACGAAUGAUCUUCGGCUGAAGGCGUUUAAGGACGUCAAUCCUCCAUACUUGGAGAUUCUGCGAUGGAGAACAGAUCAAAAGUAUGGCAGGAGGCAGCCCCGACGCAAAGUUCCACAGGCACUCGGACUCAAUACUAGCGCAAACAACAGGACCCCCAGAGAUUCUCCUUACGGAAGUCCAGCACCUAGUGAGGAACGCGGCAGGUCUCCACAUCGUUUUCCUAACCACGGAUCCAAUCGGAGUCCUAAAACCCAGUUUGGUGUUUCUCGCCCUCUCGCUCGUGUUGCCGAGGAGGGAUCAAGCCCCGUGAAUACUAGUCCGGACGUUCAGGUGUCCAAUAAAAGCAUGCCUAAUGAGAAUGCUAAUGAAACCCAGAGCGGGAACUUAAUGGAAGUGUCGAUGCCAGGCACAGGCAGUGAAAACAAGGAGGAUCCCGCGAAGGUAAAUGAGCAGAAGCCAGCAGAGCAGGAGAAGACAGAAGAAUUGCGAACUCGUGAACCCAAUCAAGCAACUUCCACAACCUUGGAUUCAGAAGUCCUUGGCGAGAUGAAGAACGUGACGAUUUGA